AGCCGGAAGUAGGAAGUGGAUUUCCAAACAAAUUUUAUUUUGAGACGAUUUGUACCCACAGACAGAACAUUGUUUGUCGGUCCAAGAAUCCCACAUGAGAUCAAAUUGCUACCAAAACACUGCAAGAAAAUGGAGAAAGAACUUUUCAGAAAGUUGCUCUCAGGUGUUAUGGAAGUGAUAGAUGGUAAAAGCAAGGAAGGAAGUAAUAUUUUAUCAAAUCUAGUCAAUGAGACACACAAUGAAGAGAAUCUUGCAAUUGUGUUUUCUGGACUCUAUUCCCUUGUGAAACUGGCUCGGAAACAUCCACAUGGGACACUUAAACAACAAAUACUCAAAGAAGAUCUACAAGAGUUGAAAAUUCCUGCUGCAUUUAUACCAGACAUCUCUGCUGCAGUCUUUAGUUCAAGUGAUAUUGACCCAACAGAAAAUGGACCUUCUCUACCUCGACUUUCCAAUCUGCAAUGGAGACUUGACGUUGCCAUAUCAACCAGUUCCUUAAACCGAGUAUUAGAACCCACUAUUAACAUGGAGAUGUGUCUUAGCAAUGGCAAAAUACACAACUUUGAGGUCCCCAUUGCUAAAUUCCACGAGCUGAGAUACAAUGUUGCAGCAUUACUCAAAGAAAUGGAAGAUCUUGAGACAAGAAAUAUACUUAAGAUACAAGUAUAAUGUGAAGAAUAGCUGAAGUGUAAUUGAAGGACAAUUGAAAUACCAAUGAAAGUAUUAAGUGCAAUUAGUAUGCAUUUACAAAUGGAAGGUGACACAACUUUUGCCGAAUUUGUAUCAAGUAUUUUAUCCAUCUAAAUUCCAUUUCCUGGAAACAUGUGAAGAGAUUCCUUCUGGAAAUAGUUGCAGGACUCACUCAUCUAAAGAGCAAGAAAUAUUUUAAAGUAAGGUACACAUUAUUACAGUAAAACCUGUCUUAGUGAACACUUCUUUCUAGUGAACACCUGUCUUUAGCUGACACCCUUCAUCCACACAUACUCUACUGACUUCUGUACAAAUUACCCUCUCUGUAGUGAACACCUACCAACACUGAACGUCUUUUUUGGAAAAACUUCAAUAUGCACAGGUUUUACU